CAAGUUAAGGCAAGACUCGAGAAGGAGAGGGGCCGUUUUCAGGAGUUCUGGUCCAACUACAACUUUUCCCGACUGCAGCAAAAAGGUCAUCGUCGGUUGGUUGCGUUUCUCGGCAUAAAGGCAGCGUAUAUAUCACCACACUCUUUACAAGGGCAAGCAUGUCGAUGUUAGUUGAUCUUCUCUCCCAUUGCACUAUCAUCCCCUUCCGAUUGUUGACCCUGUCCCCGUGACCAACCUUUUUUAAGAAAGAAGAAGAAGAAGAAGAAUGGGAAAUUGCAGGAAGAAUGGAGGUGUUAGAAGGUACAAUAGAUCGAAGAUCCCUCGCCUUCAAUGGACUCCUGAUCUCCACCGUCGCUUUGUGGAUGCAAUCGAUCUGCUUGGUGGCCAUCACAAGGCAACACCGAAGGUUGUUCUCCAGACGAUGGGGGUCGAUGGGUUGGAGAUUUCCCAUGUAAAGAGCCAUCUUCAGAUGUAUAGAAGCGCCAUGAAUUGUAUGAAGAAAGGGAUGCAUAUCAAUAGGGCCUUUCGGCGUGAUGAUGAACAUGAAUCAGAGCUAUCAUCAGAAACGAAUAGCGGAAGAUCUCAUCACAGUGCUGGUUACAAGCAGAGUCUUUCGUCAGAGACCCGACCAUGGGGUGAGAAUAUGGAAGAGUUGGUGAGCAAACGGACACCAUGGAAGAGGUUGGAGAUGUGGGAAGGGAACUGCCUUUUUUUCCACCCUAAAGAAGACAAACACAUUGAUGAUUAUCAGUCUGCUGAGUAUGAGCAGCUUAUUCAGGCGGAUAGAUCAUACAACACCACAAACUUGAGAAAGCAUGAAGAGGGGAGACACAACGUAUGGGUUCCAUUGAGUGCUGUUUCGUGCUCGUAUGUGUGGAAUGAAGGUAGCACAAGGCAAGCUGAAGGGAUUAAUGAGGAGACUGAGCCGUUUGUUCGGAGCUUGAUACGGAAGAGGCCGGCUAUGUCUUCUUCAACAACUGAGCAAGCAGGUGGAGUCGUGCGUCAGUCUUCAGUUACUAAAUGCGGGGAAUGCAGCAGUAGCCAGCUUGAUGACAAGGGGAUCAACUUAGAGCUCAGCAUUUCCAUGCCUGGAUCCAAUUCAUGAUCAUAUUAACCAGGCUACCCAAAAGCGUCUAUUGACAAGUCGCUUCCUGUAUACUAUUUCAAGACCUCGGCAGAUGUAUCUAGCAUGCACAACGUCCUUGCAUAUUGCAUGUAGACAUCCAUAGAUGCUACAUAUUCUACUCUCUCUUUCUCUCUGUCUCUUUUGAAAACCCUAGGAGAGUUGUAUGCACCUUGUUGUCUCAUUGGCUUGUCCAAGAAAAUGAAGCUCACGGGGAUCGAACCACCGACAUCUGCGAGCUUAGUUUCUCUGACCCGGCCAUUUACGUCUGGAGAUGCUAUUUUCAUUCACCACUAUGUAAGUGGCUCUUUCUUCAAAAAAUCGGAGGAGAAUCAUAUUUGUAUCAAUUAGAAGAAGGGAGGAAUCCAUUUCACGGGUUCUACUUUUCA